CCUAUCUUUUUCUGUUGUUACGGAUGUGGCGCGUUUUCUGAUUUUAUGUGGAUAUCUUGACUCCAGACACAAUAUCACAAUACUUCUAUAUUAAUAUAUACUAGAUCUAUAUUAAUUCUAGAGAACUCUAGAUUAGAUCUUUCAUAUAGUCUAAAUUUGAGUAAAAAAAAAAUGUCAAAAUUACAAAGCAGCUGUAAGAAAAAGCCAGUCAAGAAAAAGAGUUCUGCAUUUGAAUUCACUUUACAGACUAAAUGCAAUGAAGAGAAAACAGAUGAAAACAAGACCAAGAGAAAGUUUUACAAGUCCAGGCCAAUAACCAGUACCCCUAGACAGAUCUCUGUUAUACCAGGGAAAGGAUUUGAUCUGAAAUUUCAGUCUAAAAAAAAUAACAAAAAGAAUCUGAAGAAAAAACAUAAGCAUGUGAAAAGAAAACAUGUGGUCAUGGUCAAGCAAGUGAAAACAGUCGUGAGGAAGCCUUUACAAACUUUUCAAGGUAGCUCUCUAAAUGUUAAGGAAAAAAUACCCCAGAAUGUGUUUAAGGCUAGCUUGUUGAAUGUUAGCAUGAAAUCUACAUCAGAAAUGCGUCUGUCUAGCUCGCAGAGUGUUAGCAUGAGUGUUUCAUCUGAAAAGUUCCAAACUAGCUCAGAGAAUGUAAACAAGAAAGUGGGAUCAGACAUGUCAGGAUUCAUCUGUGCAUCCAGUUUUAUGUUAUCCGAUGAGAACUUUAGAAGGGGGGAGAAUUUGGAUGUCUCUUUAGGUCAGGUCUCAACAUCAAAUGCAAAUGAGGAAAACAAUAAUGAAGAGAGUAUAAUGGAUAAUGAAAGAUGUUUGAGUGUCAACACUCAUCAGAGCUCAGGCAAAGAAAGUAACAUGAACAACAGUGACAACAUCAUCUCAGGGAUAACAAAUUCUACCUCCAUGGUUUCUAAUGCAACUCCAUCACCAAGUUCAAGCAAGCUAUUUCCCAUUUUUAGUAAGAAGGCUGCGGAUUCAAUUACCACACCUAGUAAUACACGUACUUGUCAAAAAAGGUCAGAGAGCAAGUCCCCGCCUCCAAAAAAGAGAAAAACACGAGAUGAAGGACCAUCACAGAUGAUUUUGGAUGCAGGACAAAAGCAAUUUGGAGCCAUUCAGUGUCCAGUGUGUAACAUGGUUUACUGUCCUGCAGACCCAGUCGAUAAAACUGCUCACCGCAAAUUUCAUUCGCACAUGGAGGAAGUACUUAAAUUUCCGGGUUGGAAGAAAGAACGUGUGGUACAGGAGUAUCCUGAAGAUCUAGGCAGAGUGCUCUUGUUGUUACCAGAAGAUCCCAAAUACAUGAGAAAAAAGCUAGAGGAAGUGAAUGAGGUGAUGAGCCGAGACUUGGGGUUUCUUGUUACAAAUCCAUUCAGCUCUCAUAGAUGUAAGAUAUUUUUAUAUGUUCGGGAUAAACAGAUAUGUGGUUGCUGCAUAGCUGAGCCAGUUGAACAGGGUUACUGUAUAAUACCAACUGAUCAUGAGUUGACUGUUGGUCAGCGUCCUUGGAGAUGUAGUGAAAUGCCAGAGCCAGCUUGUGUUGGUAUCAGUCGGUUGUGGGUGGCUGCUGACAAGCGCAAGUCUGGUAUUGCCACAAAACUGGUGGAUUGUGUAAGACAGUGGUUCAACUAUGGAACACUUAUUCCAAAGUUCAGAGUUGCAUUUACAGGUCCAACCCAAGAUGGAUACAAGUUUGCAUCUACUUACAUGGGAACCCCCAGCUUCCUGGUUUAUAAAUGAGCAGUUUUAUUUAUUUCUUUAAACUGUUGAAAUGUUAUAAAAAUGCAGCACCUUGUUGUAUUUUUGGAUCUAAGAUCCCACUUGCAAGGAUGCAAUAUGUAUAGAUUGUUUUUUGUUUGGUUAUGGACUAAAUUUAUGGCAAGAUAAAAAAAAAAACAUAAAAUUUUUUUUUUUAUUGCUUUUGUGAAGGAUAAGAGUGCCCAGUACUUAAGUUUGUUUGCCUGUUCAGAAGCAUCACUUUUAAAAUGUGCAUUACUAUUUCUGAUGCAAGUUUUUUUUUUGUAAAUAACAUAAUAAAUGUACUAUAAUUGGUCAUAUUAAGUGAUACAGUUUGACUUGCCUGUGCCUUGGUCUACCCAUCCACUGCCAUUAAUGUCUAUACCCAACUUCGAUAUUAUCCACAGUUGAAAUGUACUUUUUUUUUUUCUACUUCAGCAUUGUGAAUAGUAGUUUUUACUAGAGAGUUUAGAUCUUCCAGGACCAUACAAUCUGUAUUGGGCAACCUGACAUUCUUCUUAAGACAAGUGAUCUGGUUUACAUUGUCCAAUUUUUUCAUCUUCCCCAUUCACUGUUUCUAGUGAACUCUUGUUCAGGUGGUGACAAGGAAUGUCUUCAAGUUUCUUAAUAUUACUUUUUUGUUUUUUUUUAUUUGUUUCAGUACUGUGCCUCGAGAAUGAAGGUACUUGGGGGAAGAUAAACCCAGACUUAGGGAUUUAUUCUUGGUUAUUCAUUUCUUAUUGUUUCAUUCAAGCUGUAGUUGGUGGGGAUAUAAAAGUAGAAGUAAACAGUUUGUCAAAAUUGUCAUGUUAAGUUUAUUUUAAAAGUAAUCUGUCCAUAGUCUAAGGCAGUCAGAGUCUCUGCCUAUGCAAGGACAACUACUCUUUGUGGCAAAUAUUUGUCUUAGUUAAUCUGGAGAUGGUACAGAGCUCAGUUUUCCUCCAGUCAUUUCUGUCCUCAACAAACCAUAUUUACUCUUAGUUUUUAUUCUUGAUUGUCAAAAAAAUGGUAACCUGACAAAAUAGUGCAGAUUAAAAUAAGCAUAUUAUUUUUUUUUUUUUUUAUUCAUUAUAUUUAUUUAUAUUCCAAACAGCACGUUAAAACGCGUGUACAUGCCAUAUUUACACACAAAAAAAAAACAUAUGUAGUAAUAUCACAUAGCAACUCCAUCAGAUAAUUUGUCUUGCUUGCCGCUUUACUUUGUUCUGAUUGUAUCUUAGAAUCCUGUUCUCUCAGGAAGUGAGUGAUCAACUUCUAGAAUUCUGAGUGAUGCCAGUUAAUAGACAGCUGAAAUGCAUGAUGAUAUCCAUCCUCCCAGUAAUUAUAUAAAAUGCCUACAUCUAGCUGAGCAUCAUUUAGUUCUUUGAAGGUAGUAGUUACAUCAACAGGUGGAACAAAUGAAAGGGCUAACAGCAUCUUGACAAACAUUUUCAUCAUUAUGAUAUGUAGUUGCACGAUUUUCAUCUAGAUAGGAAAUAUCAUCAGCUUGACUAAUUCUGACACACCUAGUUUGCCCAUGUUGGGACUUGAAGGUAGAAGCCUCUGCUAAAAUCUUGCAGAGGACCUUCACUUAUUAAAAUCUGGUACUUUUAAACUCUAUUUUGUUGGGUAACUGAACAAAGUAGUUAAGACUAAACACUUAAAGAAUACUUGACAUUGUAAAAAAAUUAGUAACCACCAUAAUUUAUAUUGUUGGCAUUACACAAAAGUGAUGAUUGUAUUUUACGUUUUUAUUCCCUCACUACACCUUUUUUUUAAAAAGGUAAUAGUCAUUGUUUUAAUUAGAGUCAAAGCAACAUUUCAGUUUAGACAUUUGUACAUCGAAUCGUAGAUUAGAUAGUUAAGUCAAAUAACUUCUUAAAAUUAACCUUUUGGUUGAUAUUAAUUAAGCAAUAUUAAUAAAGCAAUACAUUUUAUAUCAAUAGUCUGUGUUAAGGUUUGAUAGAAAACUAUUUAUUCUUUGAAUUUUGUUUUACUUGUCGAAGGAUAUGAUCUGUUUUUAACUGUUACUAAGUACCAGUGUAAUUUUGUUUAAGACCAUGGUUUUAUUUGUCAGUUCAUAAUUCUUAUUUGGAAACAUUUUACUUUAACAUAACAUGUUGAUAAUAAACAUAUUUCAAACUA